UUCGUCCCUCAAAGAUCGUGUUGAAAAAUCAAACUGCUUCGUUCCAAGGGGGAAUCUUGAUUAGGCUAUUGUAUUCCGGAAACCUUGCUGUCGGAAGGAGGGAGACAAGCAGAUAGUAUUGGUACUUACUUGCAUUUUGUAGUAUACAAUGGCUGCCUCCUUUGAGCAGUUGGUGGGAGCUGCCGCCGAUGUGCGAGAGCUGGAGUACGUGUCGGCUCUUCAUCAGACAGAUCUUGAAGAGGUGCGCAAAGAUGCCAGCAUCCGAGCCGAAGAUAUUCGAUUGUUCCUGUCGAGUCGGUACGGGAUCAUGGUGGAUGACGAAAAGGUUCGAAAGACCAUUUUGAAUGGUCUGGGAGGAUGCGAUGCCGAUGCAGAGGACGACGACGGGGUAUUGGAUCUGAUGGAAGUGGUGGCCAUGCUACUGAUCCCCAUCUUUUUAAAGGCUGCUGAUACCGAUACGCAAGAACUCACCGAAGAGGAAUUUCUCGCGGGAAUGGUGGUCGAUACCGACCAACUCCAAAUGUCCAUGCAUUCCAUACACAAGCAAAUGAAACGAACCGAUGGACUCGUGCCCACACCUGCUGGAAUGAUGGAUUAUGUCCUCAAAAUGAUUUUACAUGAUGUCACGGGAGAUUCCAAAGCCAAGCCAUUGACACCCGAUCUAAUCCGGAGAAUCUUGGCUGCCUAUGGGGAAGUCAACCUUGCCGCCGACAGCGGAUUGGUGCAAGAAAUGUACCAUGCUGCCAUGGGCAUGGAAGAAACAGCCAACAACAGCGAGGACGACGACGAACAACAACAACCCACCAAAAACGACAACAAUACGCCUGACAAAAAUACAAGCAAUCCGCCCAUGUUGAAUGUGCUCUCCUUUGCCGAGGCAUUAACGCACGACGUUCGACUUUACGACAUUCGCAACGAGGCUCGAUUGACCACCAACUUUGAUGAUGUAUACUUUACCGAUGCCGAAUUGAAGGAGCGGGAGGAAGAAGCGACCACCCACGCCGGGAGCCCAUCCGAACUAUGGAGGGUGAAGGUGGAUGCCCAGUCCCUGCGUGACAAAUUGGCCGUCAGCGAAGAGUUGGAUCGGGUCAAUACCUUUCCGGCCAUUGAUAUUACCGCCGGAACCUAUCGGUCCAAGGGUUUGAUGGUCAUGUUGUUUUCCACCAUUAUGAUCACCUACUUUGCUUACUUUAUUGAUUUCAACAGGAACAUCGAAGAGACGUGUAAUGAGGAAGAGGGCGUCGCCUAUGAAUGGAACUCACCCUGGACGGAAAAUGCCGACGCAAUGUUUUGCGAAGCUUUUGUCAGCGUUGCCAACUGGCUCGUCUUCUUUGCUGGCAUGAGUAUUUUCGGUGUAAUCAAUGUGUCCAUGGGUAGCGUUGGCAACAGUGUGAAUUCCAAUUCAGGAUGGAAGUCGUUGAUUGGCUUCACGUGGGUGUUGCUGCUGGUCACCAUUCCCCUUGUUGGAUCAAGGAACAAUCGCAAGGAAAACAACGUACUCUAUGCCGCUUCGUUGAUUUUUGGACUUAUCACAUGUGUCUUUCACCUGAGUAAUGCAUUUGCCUUGAGCUUUGCAACAGACUGCUUUGAAAAACUCCGUCAAUCGUUCCCUCAAAAUCCCAUCCUCAAGAGCAGCAUCAGCGAAGAGCAGGCCGUGAAACAGGCCACUGCUAUGAAAUUGUCUCGCAUGACAAAGAAUGCACUGGAAAUCUGCACGUCCAAGGACCUAGAUUCAAUCCUCAACAGUCAUUAUGGUCAAGCACUGAAGCAGUAUGAAACGGAAGGAAAGAAGUUUAAAAGGGCAGGAGGCUUCAUUUGGUGUUGGAGGCAGUUGUUCGGGACGAAUCAAAUUUUCCAGAAGCAUGGCAUUUGGGUGCCAGCGAGAAUGAUAUCUUCCAACCUUGCUCAGUAUGUGGUGACAUUCUACGUUCUCUUUGGAGGCAUUUUUCUGACUCUGCACGUCGCAGAGGAGUACGAUAUUGAGUGGGCCAAACGACAAGUAGACCACUACAUUAAUCGGGCCUUCGAGGUCGACCCACAGGGCGAAGCGGUUGAGACAGCCAUUGCAAACAUGACUCCUUUGGUAUCAAACUACUUGAAAACUCUCGACGCUUCCAGUGGAAUUGAUUUUGGCUGCAGCAAUGCCUCGCUUGCUCCAGCAGAAGACCUCUUUAACAAGUACUGUCCGGGGACUGGGAAUAUGUCACUGUGUGACUUCAAGGGCACGGAUGUGAGCUACCUGUGCCCCCUGGUGGAAUCCGCUCAGUCAGGCUCACUGAAUGCGACCAGUCAACUCGCGCUUUUGAAUGCGUCUGGUUUUGAGGGCGAUAUAUGGCGCACGACUGCGUACAACGCGGCACAAGGCGCGGCCAACGAAGGUGUUGACAGCCUCUAUCCUUCAGAAAAGUACAUGAUCACUGCACCACUGUAUCUUGGGACGAUCAUUGCCUUCUUCACGGCACUUAGUUUGGCUGUUGUCUUUAUCCCUUCAGUUGUCACGACGAUUCUCAGACUGCGAUCGGGUGACAUUGCUACCCUGCGCAACAAAGAUUUCAACCGCUAUCGCCACGCCCCAGAUCAGGUCGCUUUGUUGACUGGUAGUUUGUUCUGGGGAAGCUUGUUUUCGAGCGUCCUCGUUGGUGGCGCGUUUGGUUUGGUCCUCUUCUUUUUUUUGUGGCAAGCAAGCGCUUACUACGCACAGCGGCUGGUAGCUAUCCUCUGCGGCAUUAUAUCAGUGGCGCUCGUGCGUCUCGCAUUCGUAUGCACCUGCCGUUGCACGAUGUACAAGUCAUUUUACCGAACCAAACCAGGACCUGCGAACAUAAGCAUCCUUGCAUUGGAAUGGGGGAACUUUGCAUUGUCCGCCGGAUACAUCCUUGUGCGUGCUUUGAAGCUGCUUCUGGCUUCUGCCACUUUCAUAGGUAGAGUGGAUACACCUUUUCUUGCACACAAUGUGGGGAGAAUUGGGCCGUUGGAACUUGACAACUAUCCUGUCGUGCACAUGAAAGAAGUGUUGAGUCAUGAGGCGCACAGGCAUCCUUACAUCGAGCAACUUGGAGUAAUCUAUCUCAUGAAGUUGCGAUAUGCCAAUCACUUCGGAAAGAGAGCUGGCACUUGUUGGCGUUUAAUAUUCGUCUACGCUCUGAUGCCUUGGCUGCAAAAGUACCGCAUUUUGGCCCGCGAGGAGGAUGCAUCGGCAACCGCCGAAAAUAUCGAAGAUCUGGAGGAACAGUUUCCAGAUUUGAACUUUGCAAACGUCGACACCUCUGCAAGAGGACUUCGAUCAAGUAUUAUGAGAUCGAGCGUUAACGAAGACGACAAAAGGCGUAUUAUGGAGCUAGAAGCAGAGGUGCAACGAUUGCGAGAAGAGCUGGCAAAGGUGAACGAGGCCCCGUCUGUUGUCGUUGCCUCUGAACCCAACAGCGACGAUUCUGAGCCCGAGGCAGCGGCAGCGAUCGCGGGCAACGAGCACUCUCCCCUUUUGGGCACGUUGACGGUUGAUGAACCUGCUUCCUCGACAUCCGAUGGGCCUCAUGUCACGUUCGAGGAAAGCUCCCCAAGUCAUGUCCAACCACCAAGCCAAUUCUUGGCACCAGAUGACCAAAAGUCUCAACCGCCAAGCCAAUUUCUAGCACCAGGCGAUCAAAUCUUGUCUGAAAUUUCGGAACGCACGGAAGUUUCCUGUUGA